AUGCCGACCACACCCAACUCACGUUCGAUACGUAGUAACAUCCCCUCGACUACCCCGGCUGGCCCUCCGCCUUCAUGGCUGACGCAGAGGUCCACGACGCCUGAUGGCCAGCCGCCGCGUUCGUCUUUCAAUGCCGCGAACAAUACCUUUGGGAAGAAGACUGCCAGCUUCGAGGUACCUGAUCAGGAUGACGACGACUACGACUUUGAUCAGUAUGGUGAGGAGGACGCUGAGGGCGAGGUAGACGACACAAUGGAUCUGCUCAUGGACGCCGGCGCAUACAGCACGAUGAAGAGCUCCCUCCCAGCACCGAGAUCACGCGGCGUGAAGAGAAGUCUGGAGGAAGAUACGCGCGACAGGCCUACGGCGAAGAUUGCGAGGGGCAUGACGGGUGGACGAAAGCCGGCAGAGCUCAAGGAGACGGAUAUAAUCGUUGUGCAGAGCGAGCGUAUUGUUGGUGAUCUGGGGUCGAGGUUGCAGCGACAGCCGGCACAGCGAGAAGUCAUCUUGACGGAUACUGCUGCGCAGCUCACCAAGCUGUGGAGGCAGGAGGCGAAGAUUGAGACCAAGUCUGGGGGUAUUGGGCCUGAUGCGAGUGAUGGCUUUAGCAAGGCGAAUUAUGUCGCCAAUCUCCUGCUUCAGCUUCAUCAUCCUCACAGUAGCAAGGCCAGCAAGGCUCUGGCUCGGCAGGCCCGAUCGACACCGCUCGAUACUGCAUCGUCGAGUGCAGUCCCGGUACCGCGAGCGCUCAUCGACUGGCUUGAAACCUACCACGUUCCCUUCCCCGAUGACUUCGACAACAUCUUCCAGAACUCACCCUCGCCGUCUGCACACGAGUCCUUCUGGGACAUUGUCUUCGCCAGUCUCUUGCGCGGCAAGCUAAGACAGGCGAUCCGGUUGCUAAAAGAUGCUGGCUGGCGAUAUGCUGCGACUGCGAGGGAAGAUGAGAGGCGAGAUCAGGAGUACAACGAUCAACAAGUCUACAAUAUUGAGCUGGCGGUAAGAGAUGUCCUGGAGGUGUUGGAGAGUUGUCCCGGCUACAAGUACGAUGACUGGGAUGGGAAAGGCAUGGACUGGACGAUCUUCCGCCAGCGAGCUGGUGCCAAGUUGGCUGAUUUGGAGGACUUUGCGGAAGGAGACGGAUCGAACUUUCAGCAGUCGGAGCAGCGGCUGUUCACGAAGAGCUUGGGGCAGAGUGAUAUGAACCUUUCGACUGCGAGCAGGAUGGCUUCGAGCAAAGUCCCUUGGAACGUGUACGAGAAUUUGAAGCUGUUGUACGGGAUACUUCUGGGUCAGUCAGAGGAGAUCUUGAUGACUGCCCAGGACUGGUUGGAAGGCACGAUCUAUCUGGCGGUCUGGUGGGAUGGGUCGAACCAAGAAGGCUUGGACACGAGCCUGAAUAAGAGCAGCAUCCGCAAGAGUACGACGCAGAAACCUCGCGAUGUCGAUAUCACACCACUGGAGGCCUACAGGAGGAGACUCGCUGACGCCUUUGCACGAGUGACCGAGGAUCCUGAAGAUACUGUCUUCACGGUCAACACAAUGGACCUGGUGGAGGUUGCUACAGCAUGUGUACUUGAAGAUAGCGUCGGAGCUGUGAUAAGCAUUCUGCGUACAUGGAGCAUGCCAGUCACAGUCUCCGUCGUCGAGCUCGCAUACUUCGGCAAAUGGUUGCCCUCGAAUCGCCCUAUGAGCAGAGGCGGUCUGUUCGAUGCUGGGUUCUCUAGAGAAGAUCUCAUGCUACUCUCGACUGGCCCGUCAAAUCAAACAGUACAGGAUGGCACGGAUCCAGACGAGGUGCUCAGCCAGUAUGCCGAUUUGCUGUCGAGGAAGCAGCAAGUUGGAGACAGAGAAGGCUGGGAGCUUGCGGUCGCUGUGCUGAAUCGGUUGGAACAGAGCCAGGAUGCAGGCAAGAAGAUUGGCGAGCUUCUCGAUCGCCUGGAGCUGACAGAGGAGGCGAGAGUCGACAAAGUGUUGCAAGUGUGCGAUGAGCUUGGGCAGACAGAGCAGCGGAGAGGUAUAGCUGAGCGCUUCGCCGACUCUCUUGCAGAGCAAGGCUCGAAGGCGUACGGCUCUGCUUUGAUUUACUACGCCCGAGCGCACGCAGAGUCGAAGCUGAAGUCAACAGUCUCCCUUCUCGUGGAGCUGUGUCUACUUCAUUCAGCUGCGAUGCCUGCCGAAGCAUUGCUUGAUACUAAGCUCGAAGGUCUCUUGGGCGUGGACCGCCCAGCGCUAAAGGAACUGUCUCGGACCGACCUCGACGCGGCUUCACUUCUGUCUUCACAAUUGAGUGGUUACGCAACACUUCGCAAGUUCUACGACUUGCGAGACCAGGACGUCUACGCUACUAUCAGGACACCGAUGGGCAGACCUCUGAAGUCACUCGAGCGGCGACGAGCAGCGGCAUCGUCGCUCGUAGCGGUCAUCAGAAGCGCAGCAGACUGUAUCUCUGGCGGUCUCUUCGAUCCUGACAUCGAGUCCGUGAUUCCGGCAGAUGGCCUACUCACGCUACUCGGUGAAGCACUACCACUUCUAGGGCAAGACCAACGCAUCUUCACCCAAGAACAAGUCUUCGCCCUCCUCGCUGUCGUAGAAGACUUCUCCGCCUCGCCCUCUCGAAUCCGCGAGAACGCCGACAGCUUACUCGCCUCGAGCCUGAACGCCUACAUGGACGAGACGAGCACCGCCUCCGGCAUCCUGAAGAAGUCACGCAGCGAGCUUGGUGGUAGCAGUUGGGACCUUCUCGCUAUCAGUAGUACGGAGUUGAUGACGAGGUCGCAGAAGGGCAAGAAGCAGGCUAAGCUUGAGCGGGCGUGGGAUUGGAGGCAGGGGCUCGUCGGGAUGGGUGGGAUCGAGGAUCCGGAUGCAAAGAUGGUGGUCAAGCUGGUGAGAGAGGCACUUGUUAGGGAAGUGGCUGGUGGAUGGGGAGGGAGGUUGAAUUGGUGA